AUGCAUUUGAACUUACCUACCUUCACAGCUUUUUCAGGUUUUUGUGCCCUAGCUUUAGGACUAUUUUGUUCGAGUUAUGUUUUUCCAAAAUUGGAAGGUUAUUUAAUUUCAAAAGCUAUUGCACUAGAAGAAGGUGGCAAAGCUUAUGAAGCAUGGAAAAAUAUUCCAUUUCCAUUUAAGCUUAAAGUAUAUUUUUUUAACGUAACCAAUGCCAAUGAUGUACAAAUGGGGUCUAAACCGAUUUUGAGAGAAAUAGGGCCGUAUAUUUACGAUGAAUUUAGGGAAAGGGAAGUACUUGGCAUUAACGAUGAAAAUGACAGUAUUAGGUACACCCAAAAAAAAAAUUACUACUUCAACAAAGACGAAUCUGGAUGCAGAUCUGAAGAUGACAUUAUUACUAUAUUACAUUUUGCUAUAGUUAGCAUGGCCUUCAAAAUUAAUAACAUUUCUCCAAUGGCUCUGCCUAUGUUAAAUGAUUCUUUGCCACUUCUUUUUCCAAAUAUUAAAGAUGUUUUUAUUACAAAUUCAGUACGCAAAAUUUUGUUCGAUGGUUUGGAAAUAAUGUGCGAUUCAGAAGAAGUUGAUAUGAUUUGUGAAGGUUUACGAUCUACACCACCACAUACAAUUCGACCCACUAAUGACGGAAAAGGUUUUUUACUUUCUUUAUUCCAUCACAUGAAUAAUACUAAUGAGGGUCCAUUUGAAAUCGGCCGUGGUCUAAAAGAUACUGUUAAAGGUAAAGUACUUUCUUUUAAGGAGAAUAAUUUACUGACACAGUGGAAAAGUAGCACAUGUAACGAAAUUCGAGGUACUGACCUCACUAUUAAUCCAAAUUUACCAGAAGUACCACAAAAGAUCAAUUUCUUUGUACCUGAUUUUUGUCGAUAUUUUUCGGCUAAAUUUCAAGAAGAACUGCAUUAUUUUGGAUUGAAAACGUAUAUUUUUAAAACUGUUAAUUUAUUUCAAAGUAGAGAAAAUUGUUUUUGUGAAAUUCGAUCAUACGAAGAAGAUGAUGACGAUAGGUUACUACCUAAUUGCCCUCCAAAAGGAACAAUGGAAGUGAGUCGAUGUACCGGAUCACCAAUAGUGAUAUCUCAACCUCAUUUUCUCGGUGCUGAAAAGUCCUUGCUAGAAUUUAGCCAAGGUCUCAAACCUAACAGAGAUAGGCAUGGAACUUUUAUUUUCAUGGAGCCAAAAACUGGUUUGGCUUUGAAAGUAAAAAUCAGAAUCCAAAUGAAUAUUUUUUUGAAACAUUAUGAGGAUGUAAGUGUAUUAAAAAAUGUCAGUGAAGGUUAUUUCCCAUUUAUGUGGAUUGAAAAUGGAGCAGAAGUUCCUAUGAACAUUAUUGAAGAAGUGAAAAAUAAUUUUAGUAAAUUGAAAGUAUUUGAUUUUGCGAAAUAUGUACUGAUUACCGGAGGAAUUAUUAUGUUAGGAGUAUCUAUAAUUCUGGCGAUGGUUAAAGAUAAGGUGGUUUGUUCUUGUUCUAAGAAAAGUGCGAAUUCUGUUAAAAGAAGGGAUUAUCUUGGAAGAUUUAUGAAUAUGUAUUCAGAUUUUGAGGCGAAUAAUGGUGUAACGUUACAACAACAGCACAACGUGGGUAGAUAUGUACCGAACAUCACCGAGUAA